CCAAACGUGAACUAGUUCUUUGAACGUUUGCUGGAAUUGGCCGGUUGUUUUGUUAAAUAAAUAUUAAAAAAUAUUUUAUACUUAUACCAUAAACAAUGAGUAACUUUGUAAAUCUAAGCUUGUUUGAAAACUAUCAAAAAUAUAUUGAUAAUGAACAGGAAAUGCGAGAGAAAAUCCGCGUAAUUGUUCGGGAAAUUGAACAAUUGGCAAAGGAAGCCACCAUACAACUGCAGGUGAUCCAUUAUGACUUGGAAAAGAUUGGUUAUGCCUGUGCUGGGGCCCGCAAACAAAUCUCCGCCUGUGCUGAAAGUUACAAAAAGUUGGCCGAAUUGAUACCUGUUGGCCAGUACUAUAGGUAUUCCGAUCACUGGACAUUUAUAACACAACGCCUGGUAUUUCUCAUUGCCAUGGUGGUGUAUUUGGAGGCGGGUUUUCUUGUGACACGAGAAACAGUGGCUGAGCUAUUGGAAUUGAAAACCAAUCAAGCCGAGGGUUUCCAUUUGGACAUUGAAGACUACUUGAUGGGCAUACUGCAGAUGGCCUCAGAGCUAUCACGUUUUGCCACAAAUUCCGUUACCAUGGGUGAUUAUGAUCGCCCCUUGAAUAUAUCACGUUUUAUGGCGGAUCUCAAUGCAGGCUUUCGUUUGCUAAACCUCAAAAAUGAUGGUUUGCGUAAACGUUUCGAUGCUCUCAAAUAUGAUGUGAAGAAAAUCGAAGAAGUUGUGUACGACAUCAGUAUCAGGGGACUGCGCAAUGGUGCAGUGGAAGAAGCUGCGGCCGUACCACCUACAGCAGAAGCUGUAGCAAAUAAUGAUAGUCCUCCCAAUGCUGACAACAAAACUGAAUAAUAACUGUAUUAUAAGUGGACAAUUUUUGAAAUAUUAUUGAUUUUUUUUAUUACCAUAAGAUUUUAACUUUCCUGAAUUCCGAAAAGAUUUUAUUUUCUACUUUUUCAUACUUGAAUAAAACUAACGGAGUUUGAAAAAGCUCCUUAAAUGUUAUUUUCUAAA